CUCUGUGCUGGGCAGCGUCUUUGCCCUCAAGCACCAUGCAGCUGCUUCUUGCUCUGUUGGCGCUGGCUUACGAAGCCAGUUCUACCGCAGGUGAACACUGGUGCUAUGACAUCCAGGCCAAUAAGCCCAACAGCAAUUGCAAGAGACCUGACCAAUGGACUGGGGACUGUCAGAAGAACCACCAGUCCCCCAUCAACAUUGUCACCAAGGAGGCAAAGGUGAACCUCAACCUGAAGCCCUUCACCUUCUUUGGCUAUGACCAAAAGAAGAAGUGGGAAGUCAAGAACGAUGGACACUCAGUGAAAAUGAUGCUGGGGAAUGGAAGCUUCAUUACUGGAGGAGACCUGCCUGCACAGUACCAGGCUGUCCAGUUGCACCUGCACUGGUCACAGGAUUUGAACAAAGGCUCAGAACACAGCAUUGACGAGAAACACUUUGCCAUGGAGAUGCACAUCGUACAUGAGAAGGGGACAUCAAGCAACACGGUUGAGGACUCCAAGGACAAGAAUGCAGUGCUGGCAUUCAUGAUUGAGGUGGGAGAGGAGGAGAACAAGGCCUUCCAGCCCCUGGUGGAGGCGCUGUCCCGUAUCUCCAAACCCAAUACAAACACCACAAUGAAUGAGAUCUCCCUGGAAGACAUGCUUCCUAAGAAGGAGAAACUGGUUCGCUACUUCCGUUACCUGGGCUCGCUGACCACACCAACCUGCGAUGAGACAGUCAUCUGGACUGUGUUUGAGGAGCCCAUUAAGCUCAACAAGGACCAGUUCCUGGAAUUCUCCAAGCAGCUGUUCUAUGAUGAAGAACAGACGUUGAUUAUGAAGGACAACGUGAGGCCCCUGCAGCAGCUAGGAGACCGCCAGGUGUUCAAGUCCCACGCUCCAGGACAGCUGCUGGCUUUGCCCCUGCCUACCCUGUUGGUCCCUACACUCACCUGCCUGCUGGCCGGCUUCCUCCAAUGA